AUGUCACUAGACAAUCUUUCAGUGGGUAAUGAGUUGAAGGACUCCUACAAAACAACUUCGGGCUGGGUCAAGAAUGGAAUCAAUUGGCUAGGAGACAUUGACCUGUUCUAUAGAGAGCGGGCUGACCUCGAGAAAGAGUACCUGACAAAACUAAAAGAAUUGGCCAAAAAAUACUUUGAAAAGAAAUCCAAGUUGUCCGCCAACUUGUCUGUUGGUGACGAGCCGCAAAUCACCCCGGGCUCGUUGGAGAGCGCCUCGUUGGUGCUUUGGACGGAUGUAUUGACGCAAACAGAGGCAAUUGCAGAAGAAAAACUAAAAUUGAGCACCGAGUUCCAAACCAAGAUUGGUGAUAACCUCGUGAGUUUGCGGAAUAAAUGUGAUAGGAUUGAGAAGCAGGUUCUGGCGAUUAAUGAUUUUCUUGUCUCUGAUAAAAAACGAGUCGAGGAUGAUGUUGCAAAGCUGAAAAAGGCGUAUGAUGCAUUGUGUCAAGCAACGGAAAAUGCAAGGGACAAGAACCAAAAGUCGCCAAGCGACAAGCAUCAACGCAAGUUUGAGGAGAAACAGGUUGAGAUGAAUAAUGGGAAAAACGAGUAUUUGAUCAAGAUAAACGUUGCAAAUAGGUUAAAAGACAAGUAUUAUUAUCAGGAUGUGCCUGAGAUUUUAGACUACUUGCAGGAGUUGAACGAAGAUAGAGUGGCUCUUUUGAAUAAGCUUUUGAAGAAUGCUUGCAUAAUUGAAAGAAACUCGUUGGACCGGGUCAAGGACAAAUUGCACUUGGUCGAUAAGACUAUUGAACAAAAUAAUCCUAAAUUGGAUGUGGCGAUGUUUAUCAAACACAACACGGUUGCCUGGGCAGAGCCGCAAGAUUUUUACUUUGUGCCUUGUUCAAUCUGGCAUGAUGACGAAAGCUUGGUGGUCAAAGAGCCAGAACUCACCGAUUUGAAGAAACGUUUGCAAAUUGCAUCCAAUGAAUAUAGCAAAUACGAGCAAUCCUGUUUGGAUGUAAAACAGACUUUAGAAGAGAGCACUGAGCGAAGAAAGCUGGAUAGUGGAGAUAAUAUUACUCUCAAAUUCGAUAACAAUUUACAAAACUCUUUACGAAUACUUGGCCAGUUCAUCAAGGAGGACUCAAAUAGAAUCAAAAACGAGGUUGAAAUUGAAAUCAUUCAAAAUUUUGCCGGAGACAAGGAUCUUAGGUACGUAGCUCCAGCAACGCUGAAAAAGUCACGUUUUGGAUUCUUAAAGGGGAGUAAAAAGACUCAUCACGCAAGCACCAACACGGGGGACGAUUAUGAUAAUUCCGACUCUCAGUCUAUCAAUACCAUAAAAACUACACACACUUCUACAUCACAUCAUAAUGGUAUAUUCAAUUUACGAAGAAAUAAAAGCACCGCUACUACCGGUUCGAAGGCAAACGUAGGGGUUGCGACGGCAAGGGCGUUGUACGAGUACACUGCAUCAAGCGCAGAUGAGACAAGCAUUUCACCCAGUGAUGAGAUAUCGGUUGUAGAAGAAGACGAUGGUUCGGGUUGGACGUUGGUAAAUGGUUCUCAUGGCCAAGGGCUCGUACCAACUACUUAUAUUGAAAUUAUCACUCGACUGUCUGGGAAAAAGCCCGCGCCUCCAGCUGUAGCGCCGAAAAGAGGUGCAAAGCGAAUACAGUAUGUUGAAGCGUUGUAUGCCUAUGCUGCAGAUGGCGAUGAUGAAUUGACGUUACACGUUGGAGAUAAGAUUGUAUUGAUUGAAGAUGACACAGAUGGAAGUGGCUGGACAGAAGGUGAGUUAAAUGGCAAGAGAGGAAUGUUUCCAACUAGUUAUGUGAAAAAAGUAUAG